AUGGUAUCAAAGGGAAGGGGGAAGCCUCCUGGUAAAAGCAAAGACCACAUAAGUGUUGUUUGGGCAACCCCCUCCACGCUCCAGGCAUUUUCACGAGGAAACAACGCGAGGUCAAGGACGGAAGAGAUAAAAAAAGGAUAACUAGCUUUUACCAUAAAAACUCUGAAACUCCGAUCCGUUAAUUUAUUAUGUGGGAAAUAUACGAGGAAGGACGAAUUAAUUUUCCCUUGGGCUGAUUUUUUACAAAACUAGUAACACAUUUGCAACAAUGUCUUGUAAAACUUGCCGCUGUCAUGACAAUAUCCAUAUUUUUUUUAAUGAACUGCUGGAAAAUUUCUUACCGGUAUGAUAUCAGUUGGGUAGUCGCGUAUGAUAGGAUAAACUAGAUACGCACAUUAAUUUAUGCUGGAAACGUUUUUUUAUAACACAGAUGCUAAAAACCAAGACCAUCGACCCCCAAGGCCUGGUAUUAUAAACCUAAAACCCGGUUUAUCACAGACCAAUACACGUCCUCCUGCUCAGGAACCGUUUCGGGCGAAAGUUGCUUCCUUCGACCCCAAAGUGUUGAAAGAAAAAGAAAGCAGCCAGGUAGUCCAAGUGUUGAAUGAGAGACUACCUUACCUGAAAUUCCUUCUUCGAUCUCAACAACAGCAGCACAACAGCGGUGAAUUCAUUUACGACCUUACAUGCACUUUAGCAAGAGCCUGUGAAGCGCCAUCAGGCAAACACACGAAUAAGAUUAUAGCGGCACUUAAAGGCUCUCUUUUCUUGACUUCAAAAAUUCAAAGUGUUCUUCAUCUUGUUGAAGCAUCACCUUCAAUGAAUGACCAAGUCUUUCUUCACAGGCUUUUUCAGAGUUUCAUUGUGGUGUUCAUGAAAUACCUUAACCACUUGCCUAGCUCGUAUGCUGACCUGCCGUACAGUCAGUUAAAAGACGCGUUAGGUCAGGCGACCAUCGAUGGAAAAGAAAAGCUACUGAAAGAUCUUGAUGCUUUUAAACAAGCGAGAGAAGAUAUCAUUAGAAGUGAAAGGGAGAGGAAAGGAAAACGUUAUAAACUUGGAGAAAGGCCACCAAACGAUUUUAGAAUGAUACCCGUUUGUCCCACUAACAAAGAAAUCACGACUCAAGAACGACCUUUCUUACGCAAGAACAUUUCAAGAGGAAGAUACGAAAAUGUCGAACACUACCUAGAUGUUCAGUUUCGGCUGCUUCGAGAAGACUUUCUCGAGCCACUUAGAGAAGGAAUCCAUGAAAUUAUCCGGGAUAUACCCAGACACCAACGUAAGCAUUUGAUGAAAAACUACCGGAGCGUACGAAUCAUCGGCAAAGAAUUCACUUGGGGUGGCAUCAUUCAUCAAGUCCAAAUCGACGUUUCCAGAAUAGAUACCAGCAGGUGGCCGAAAUCCAAAAGACUCUUGUUUGGUUCAUUUCUUUGUCUUUCAAAAGACAACUUCAAGACUAUGCUUUUUGCCACGGUUUCUAACCGUGAUGAGGGAAACGUGAAGGAAGGACGAAUCGAUAUUCGAUUUAUCGAAGAGCAAGAUGUUCGGAGUAUCGAGAGCCGCAAUCACGUUUACCAGAUGGUUGAGUCUCCCGCUUACUUCGAAGCCUAUCGCUAUGUUCUCAGGGGAUUGCAGGAACUAGAUGAAGAAUCGUUGCCAUUUAAGAAAUAUCUGGUUGAGUGCAGUGCAGAAGUUGAUCCACCAGAGUAUCUAAGACGCGAUGAGACUGAGGGGCCGGUAUGUUACGAUCUUAGCAAGGCCCUUGAUGUCCCUGAUGUACCAAAUGCUACAGCAGUACCUGUUUUACAAUGUGAUGCCUGGCCACCGGUCAGAAAACUCCCUUUGAAUAGCUCCCAGCUCGAAGCACUGAGAACAGCAAUCACAACUGAAUUUUCUGUAAUUCAGGGACCACCAGGAACGGGAAAAACAUACGUCGGGGCCAGAAUCGUUAGAUGUUUGCUUGAGAAUCGACAGUUGUGGGACCCCUACUUUAUCUCACCGAUGCUUAUGGUCUGUUACACAAAUCAUGCCCUCGAUCAGUUUUUGGAAAAGGUGUUAGAAUUCUUACCUAAAGAUAGAAUCAUUCGUGUUGGGGGAAGAUGCAAAAGCGAGGAUCUACAGGAUUGCAAUCUGAAAAGGUUUACCUACCAACACAGGUUGUAUGACAAACGCGAUGAGCUGAGGUACAAGAUGCAGGCAAAUAAUGAAGAAAUGAAAACAUUGAAGGAAAAACUGGCAAAGGCAGACCGCCAGCUCUUGGAAUUUGAUGACUUAGAAGAGCUAUUGUACAGAACACAUGCUCAGGAACUUUACAAUACCGUUUUCCCCACUAAGGUAGCAACCGUGUCUCGGACACCAAGAAAUACAUUCAGAUUGUGGUUAUGUGACAACAAAAUGGUUGGUUCAUGUAACAGAACUUUAAGUGAGUCAGUGCAUCAAAAACGCCGUAUUGAAGACGAUGAUGUGUCUUAUGACUCAUCUAUAUUGUACGAACCACUUGAUGGCCGUGACAAUACCCAACCAACAUGUGUAACAAGAGACUCCUCAACAGGAGUGAAUCUAUUGCCUAACGGAAGCCAUAAGACAAAGGACGUCGUUUUGAAGGAGGAAGUGCCAAAAGAAACCUCAGAUGAGUGUACACUGCAAAGGUGUUUAUCAGUUGAACAUGGCCAAACCUUAAAGAUGAAUCAGUCACCCGUAAAUUCUCCCAGAGAGGCACAAUUCAAAGUCACCGAAAACCCUCGAACUGUGCCAGAACUCGAUUACGUGAGCAAGGCUUUUGAAGAGACCAUAGCUAUAGAAAUGGAAGCUGAUCUAAUACAACAUCAAAGAAAGAUACAAGGUGAUGAAGAGCUCCAGUCACCAAUAUCAAAGCUACAAGGCGAUGUCUUAACCCGCAGAAGAGAACCAAAGGAAGAAACGGAUGAACGUUGGACUCUGGUGACCAAGAAAAAUGGAAAAUCAUUGCCUUGGAGGAGAAGAGAAGAAAGUAGAGAAGAGAACGCGACAGGGGCUAGCAGCAACGAAUCCCAAACGAAACAGGAAAACAAAAAGGGAAAAGAAAAAAACGGAGAAAAAAUUUGUAUCACUGAGGACAUUUCUUCUUUAACAGGGAAGCUGAAAAUGACUGAAAUGAUGUCGACUGAAGAAGCGGUGCACGUUGAUAGCAUUUGGAACUUAUCACCACUGGAUCGGCUUCGAAUAUACCUCUUCUGGGUUGAGAGCUACCGCGAACGUUACAGAGUAGAAAUUCAUCGAACCGAACAGGAGUAUGAACAGCUUUGCGAAGCUCUAGAGGCAGUUAGGUUUGAAGAAGAAGAACGGGUCAUACGCCAGUCGACUGUAGUUGGAAUGACAACCAGUGGUGCCGCUAGAUAUCAUUCCGUGCUUCAGAGGAUAGCACCUAAGAUAGUAGUGAUUGAAGAGGCUGCUGAAGUGAUGGAAGCCCACAUUAUCACAUCCCUUUCUAAAAACACUAAGCACACGAUUCUCAUCGGAGACCACAAACAGCUCCGACCAAAAGCAACAGUGUAUGAGUUAGCCCAGAAGUACAAUCUGGAGGUCUCACUGUUUGAACGAAUGGUAAUAAACAGCAUGGAUUGUAAACGUCUAUCUAUACAGCAUCGUAUGCGUCCUGAGAUUGCUGCGCUAACAAAGCGAAUCUAUGAUCAUGAAAUAACAGACCAUGAAUCAGUUUGCCAUUUUCCAGACAUAUCUGGCGUUUGCCAUAACCUCUUCUUUAUUGACCAUAGCCAAAUGGAGACCCGGAUAGAAUUUCUGCAGAGCUACUCUAACGAUCACGAAGCUGAUUUCACUGUAGCCCUUUGUAAUUACCUUUUACUUCAAGGAUACGAACGCAAGAAGAUCACUGUAUUAACCAUGUACACCGGACAGUUGCUACUUCUUCAAGAAAAAAUGCCAAAACGUAACUUCGGUGGAGUGAAAGUUUGCGCAGUUGACAACUUCCAAGGGGAAGAAAAUGACAUCAUUCUUCUGUCGCUAGUUAGAAGCAAUAAAGAAGGUCGGAUUGGUUUCCUAGGUGAGUCCAACAGAAUAUGCGUCGCAUUAUCACGAGCACGCAAAGGAUUUUAUUGUAUUGGAAACUUUAAUCUACUGAAUAGCCAUUCAAAGCUGUGGAAAGAAAUAUGUGAUGAUCUAAGAACAAAACAAUCCAUUGGUGACAAAUUACAGCUGAUUUGCAAGAGACACAAGGCAAUUACUAGCGCCAGAUGGGCAAGUGACAUAACCCUCUGCCAUCUUGGAGGAUGCACUAUGCCCUGUGGAGAUCGCCUAGACUGCGGCCAUGCGUGUGACAAGCUGUGCCAUGCUUCAGACGAAUAUCACAUGGCGGGGUGCUGUUCCAAAUUGUGCGUCAACGCGUGUCCCAGCAAUCACAGAUGCCAAAGCCGGUGUCAUUACCCAGAUAAGUGUCCCAAAUGCAAAGUUCCUGUGCUCAAGACACCCACCUGUGGUCAUGAACAGCCUGUUGAAUGUGGAAGCGAUCCCGAUGAAGUCGAGUGUCAGUUUGAAUGCGAGAAGAUACUUGAAUGUGGACACAGAUGUCAGAACCCAUGUGGUUCUUCAUGUACCGAAGAAUGUAAAGUUUCCUGCAAGAAAAUUCUCCCAUGUGGACACGAAAAAAGUAUGUUUUGUUACAGGGAUCCCAAUUUUUUUCAGUGUAACAGCAGGUGUACAAAACUUCUGGAAUGUGGUCACCCUUGCUCAAAGAAAUGUGAAGAAUCUUGUCAAUGCAAUACUGAAGUUGAAAAAGAAUUACCUUGCCAGCACAGGAUACGGGUCCUUUGUAGAGAGAAAGAAUUCGAAGUAACAUGCACGGAAAAAUGCAGUCGAACAUUAGAAUGUGGCCAUAGUUGUCCCGGAAUCUGCUUUGAAGAUUGUAAAUUGAAAAAAUGUGACAUAAAUGUUUCCAAACACCUACCAUGUGGCCACGAAGAGAGUGCUCCUUGCUGUCAAGACCCAAAAACGGUCUUUUGUUACGCUCCCUGUCCACGGCCACUGGACUGCGGACACAAGUGCUCAUCAAUUUGUGGCGUUUUAUGUUACGAGGUUCAAUGUAAAGAAUUGUGUCUAAAGAAGUGUAAAAGAGGUCAUUCGUGCCAGAAGCCCUGCCAUUUUCCUUUACCGUGUGAUUGUACAGAAGUAGUAAAUAUCUCGAUUCCUACUUGUGGACACAGUGUUAACACGCCCUGCUAUGUUGAUCCAGAAACUCUGAAAUGUGAAAGGUCAUGUGAGAAAGUGAGAUUGUGUGGACACCCUUGUAAAGACAUAUGUAGUAAUAACUGCGAAACUAGUCCUUGCAACGUACCUGUACGCAGAACCCUACCAUGCAAUCACAUAGUGGCUUUACCUUGUCAUAAGAACACCAAGGAGUACAUUUGCAAGAAAGAAGUAGAGGCAUGUUUGCCAUGUGGACAUAAGACGAGUUUGGAAUGCCGUGUCGUAAGGGCUGGGUUGGAGCAUGUCUCUUGCAAGCAAAAGGUGGAGAGAGAAUUAGGAUGCAGACAUAAAAUCACUCUUCCCUGCUUCAAAAAUCCUGAGGAGUGCAUCUGCCGAAAGAAAGUUGACGUUGAGCUUUCAUGUGGACACACCAAGACGGUUCCAUGUCACACUGUGACUGCAGGAUUGGAAAAUGUGCUUUGUAAUGUUAAAGUAUCACGGAUGUUACCUUGCAAUCACGAGGUGACCCUUUCAUGUCAUAUAAAACCCGAGGAGUAUCACUGUCAGGAGGAGAUCGAAAUCACGCUCUCUUGUGGACACAAUUACCUUACGAAAUGUGGCGAUUCGCGGGAUGAACGGCAAAAAGAAACAUGUAACACAAAGGUGACCAAAACACUUCCUUGUGGUCAUGAAAAGCAGAUGAAAUGCUCAGACAAACCUGAAGAGGUAUGGUGUGAUGCUCCUUGUAAACGCUUUCUACUAUGUGGACAUCCUUGCCCUAAAAAAUGUGCUGAGCAAUGCUCUGGUGUCAAAUGUGCUGUUGAAGUUAGAAAGGCUUUGAGCUGUGGAUACCACGAGAUUAGCUGUCUUUGUUCUAAGGAUGUGUCACAGUGUAUUUGUUCAAAUUCGUGUGAGCGGAACUUGACUUGUGGUCAUCGAUGUCCUGGUAAGUGCUCUGAAGAAUGCGGCCAGUACGAGUAUAAGUGCCGGACUAUUGUGAUGAAGACUCUCAGUUGUGCAGGGAAACACUCCCUUCAAAUGCUUUGCAAAGACGACCCAUCCACAAGAAAAUGUGAAGAACGUUGCAAACGGAAUCUGAACUGUGGUCACCCGUGUCCAGGGCUUUGUAGUCAACCGUGUGGAAGUAUGAAUUGCACACGACAAAUAGAGAAGACACAUCCCUGUGGUCACAAGGAGUAUUUAAAAUGCUUUCAAAGCAAAAAUGCAACCUGUAAGGUACCUUGUGAGCGCCGAAUGAAUUGUAAACACAAGUGUAAAGGUGUCUGUGGUGAGCCUUGCUCGAAAUAUCCUUGCGAUGUAGUUGUAAGUAAAACACUAUCGUGUGGUCAUAAGGUCAAGAUGGCUUGUAGCUUGUCUGUUGACGAUGCUAAGUGCCCUGUUCCAUGUAGACAACAGCUGUCGUGCGGACACCAGUGCUCUGGGACAUGUGGCGACUGUAAACAAAAGAGAUCACACGAAAUGUGCCAAAACCCAUGUAACCGUCUUCUGGUUUGUUCACAUCGCUGUCGAGCAUUGUGCGGUGAGCCUUGCCCACCGUGUACCAGAAAUUGCGGUCGACGCUGCCCUCACAAAAAAUGCAGUCAACAAUGCUCAGAACCAUGCAAUCCAUGUUCGAAACCAUGCACCUGGAUUUGUCGUCAUUACGCCUGCAAAAAUACGUGUGGAGAAGAGUGCGAUCGUCCUCGAUGUGACGCCCCCUGCACCAAGAAGCUCCCUUGUCGCCACCCCUGUGUUGGCCUUUGUGGAGAAAACUGUCCCACUGUGUGUGCUACUUGCCAUGUCGAAACGUUUUCUUCUAUAAUUGGUCGUGAAACGGAAAAAGCAAAAUCCAGUAGAUUUCUACAGCUUUUUGAUUGUGGUCACAUAGUGAAGGUUGAAGAGAUGGAUGCGUGGAUGCUUCGUGACUGGGGAAAUACUGUUCAACUCAUUCAUUGCCCCAGGUGCUCCACACCGAUCACCUUUAGUUACAGAUAUGGAAACAUCAUCAAGAGGACACUAAAAAAUACUGAAAAAGUGAAAGCACAUAUACACCAGCUUGGGAAUGAAACUGCCAGAGAGGUCAGGGACCUUGUGGAAAAGCUACGUCGAUAUCAAUUCGACCUGCAAACGAUGAGGUUCCCCAAAACCGUCCUUAAUGAGUUUUCUCAGAGUGCUUCAAGGCAACCUUACCGAAGGGCAGUCAAUUUUCAUGUUCCUCCGAUUAAAUUUAUUUCUUUACUGUACAUUCUUAGAAAUCAUCUGAUUGUCAUGCAACAAAUAAAAAAGGAGCAAUACAGAUUGCAACACAUGAUAUUGCCAGCGGCAAAUUCAGAAGGGUCCGCAACUGUUUUGAAACAACAAAUCGACGAUAUCAAAGAUGUCCUGACAGAGAAGUCAGAGUACCUAAAGACUCCUGAGUUGGAGCUGAGAACCCUUAACCAAGUGUAUGAGUACACAUGGAAGUUGGCGCUUUUCACUUCAAUUCUUGAAGCCAAAUCCAUGGCAAUCAGGCGCCGGAUAAAUUUCUCUGUUAGUGGACAAAGGCACUUAAAAAUCGUUCAAGAAAAAUUUGAUUCGUUUGUUCAAGGAUCUGAUGAAGACCUAGAAAUUAACUGGUUGGAAACAAUCGCCCCUGAGGUGAGGAAAGAGGUACGCCUCCUACCACCACCCAAGGAAGAACCCAAAGACUUUGAGAACUUUCCAGGUUUUAAUAGUGAAAUAUGGAGAGUAUGUGAACACCGUGAAGUGGUUUUCACCAAGUCACUCAUGCGAAGGGGACAAAAUAUUACUGAGGUGCACGGAACAUGCAAAGAGUGCGUCGACUUGGCAGCAAAACAAGAGAAAUGA